AUGGCUCUGUCCCUCAACUGUGACGAGCUCAACUCGGUGCUUUCCUCCUCCAGGGAAGCGUUCUGGCAACAACAUUCACAUCUCCCCGAACCACAACGACAACAACUCUGGAGUCAACAAUUGGAGCCGUUCAUGGCCACCCCGAAUCAACAAGCCAACUACACUCACGUCAAAGGAUCGGAAUCCACCGAGUCCCCAGGUCUUUCUGGGAAACACGGCCGUGGAACCAUGAGUCACAAAUUUACAUCUGGACGCCCGGCAAGCAAACGACGAGCUACCAGCCAGGAGCCCGCUUUGGAAUCGUCCAGCUGCUGCAGACCCCUCCCACAGCACUCAGUCUCUUCGCCUUCACGGAUCCCACGGUACUCACCGCCUCUGUCACGGACUGGCAACUCUUCUCCCGAGACCAACGUGCUCUUGCCCACUACCACGAUCCAACCAUCCAGCAUCUCGGUACCUGGCCUGCCAUACUUCAUCCCAACGUCGACUGCAUCGAAUUCCCCGGUCUUUGGACUCGACCUUCUUGAACUGAACCAGGAGCUGCACAGUUAUACGCCUGAACUGUACCAUCAGAAUUUUUUGGAUAGCGCUACCGGUUCUCCCCUCAUCGGUGCAUCGGUUGCUGGAACCCCAAACCCGACACCUGACCAAACCACCGUCUCGCAGACUACACAGCAAAACAAGGUCGUUUCUACUGGUCCGGAUUGCGUCGUAUCUAGCUCAUCUGGCUGUGGCACUGAGAUGAAUCGUAGUUUUACUACAGACUCAUUGUGUGGAGGAAUGAACAUGAUCAGGUUCGGCUCGAACAGAUCCGUUUCCAACAAUCUGGAGUUUCCAGAUCAGUCAUCUGCAAAUUUCUUUGCACCGUCAUUACAGCAAGACAAUGACACCAACUGCCCCCUUUCCUUCUUGCCCACUACCCAAUCCCCAUCUGAUAGUAACAUGACUCAUGUUCAAUUUUCUCAGUCCUUGCCCGAGUACGGGCCUGGCUACUUUCCUCAUUCCAUUUCCAACUCUCGCACACGCUCUUCCUCUUCUUUGAAUUCCUCGUCGUCGGCUUCAUCUACUGAGAUGAAGCCUUCUCUGUCGAGCGAGAGUCAAGAAUCCUCUCGCUCGAGUCACUCAAGGGCCCUGCGGAGGACACAUGAGCAGAUCAUGCUAGGUACACGAAAGAUUGCGCCUAAGGCUGCUGAAAAACAAGGUAUUCAGUCCACAGUGACUGAGCACCGGAAGAUUAAGAUUCCGGCGGCUGACGGCCGAUCGCGCGAAGUCGCUGUGAUACCUAAAGCUUCGGUUCACCGACCAGCUCGUCAAAAGACAUACUGCACCAUGUGUAACGAGCAGCCUGAAGGCUUUCACGGCGAACAUGAACUCAGAAGACACAUCGAUCGCUCUCACUCUAAGAUUCGCAAAGUUUGGAUCUGCGUCGAUAUAUCACCAGACAAGAAAUUUCUUGCCAAUUGCAAAGCCUGCCGAAAUCAAAAGCGGUACGGCGCCAACUAUAAUGCAGCUGCUCACUUGCGUCGCACACAUUUCAAUCCCUGCCAACGUGGUCGUGGGGGGCGAGGCAAGGACAGCGAGAAACGUGGUGGAAAAGGUGGUGGCACCCACCCACCAAUGGAAGUCCUUAAGCAUUGGAUGGUGCAACAAGAUGAGAUCGUUUUGGACAAACCUUCAGCCAUUACCAACCCAACAAAUGAAGCUGUAGGCGUCGCAAAACCACAAAUCCCACGCCGCGCCUCCAACGCUAGCCAUCACAGCACCAGCGACAGCGAAUGUGGUAGUACCAUCGCAGCAGUGAACGAUAGUUUUACAACCGUCGCUGAUGAACAUCAGUUGACCGCCGCUGCUCUCGCUACUAAAUUCAAUCCUUGCACGACUUCUAUCGACCCAUCUGACUUUGAGCUUUCGCCUCAGAUGCCCUUCACCCUCGACGACUUUACUGGUGCCCCAGCUCCAUUUGAAUGGAGCGAGGGUAGCCACCCGACGACUCUCACAGGAGGGUAUCUCCCAAUGGGUCAGAGUAUUAUGAAUACUUAUGACACAUCGUUCUAUCAUUAA